GGGCGCUGCUGAGGAGAAGCCCGGCGAGCGCCGGCGAAGCUGAAGCAGCCCGAGCGCAGCGCGGCACCCAGCGGCCACCCGAGCCGGGCUGCCCGGUCGUGCCCUCCCCGCCGCCUCCGCUCCGGCGGACCUGCUUUGGGGCUUCCUGCCAGCCUCUCCGAGCCGGGGCCGGGCCUCGCUUUCCCCGCCCGGCGUGCCUGCAGGCCCCGGGGAGGCCGCAGCGGAGCGAGCGGGACCUGCCCCUGCCCUGGCCGCCUCGGGGGCCCCUGGCCGCCAGCAGGGCCUGCUAGCAGCGCGGGGCGCACUGCCGAGCCCGGGGCGCUGCAUCCCCCCAAGACGGCAUGGAGGGCGAAGGAGCGGGCAGGCCCUGAGCGGGCAGCCCGAGGGGGCCGCACUCCGCCCCGCCCUCUCCUCUCCCUUUUGCCUGCGACCAGCCGGCGCUUCCCCGCCUGGGACUGUCCGAGGGAGUCUCCCCGAAGCGCUGGACUUCGGCUGGAUCUUGAAGCGUCCCUGCCUCUCGCCGCGCCCCGCCCCGCGCCGAUCGGAGCGCUAAAAGGAGCCUUCUCCCCUCCCCGCCCGCGUCUGCUCGGAGGGCGCCGGUCCGGAGAAGCGAAGCGGCUCCCUCGUUCCGGAGCUGGGGAAGCCCCUUGGCAAAGACGCGCUACUUAUUCUCGGCGGCGGCGGCGGCCACAGCCACAGAGAAGGGAAUAAUAUGUGGGAGAUACUGGACUUCAUGUUUCCAACAUAGGAACAGAACCAGACUGGGAAUCUCCACUUCUGAGAGAAUGCUGGGAAUCUGCAGAGGGCGACGGAAAUUCCUGGCUGCCUCUCUGACUCUCCUUUUUGUUCCUGCUGUAACCUGGAUUUAUCUGUUUGCUGGGAGCUUUGAAGAUGGGAAGCCAGUGUCACUGUCUCCAAUUGAAUCGCAACCCCAUAGCCCUCGUUACACAGCCACGAGUCAGCGAGAAAGAGAGAGCCUGGAAGUACGCAUGCGGGAAGUGGAAGAGGAAAACCGGGCACUUCGCAAACAGCUCAGUCUGGUGCAGAGCCGGAGUUUGUCCCAUCGUCGCGGCAAUCAUUCAAAAACUUAUUCCAUGGAGGAAGGGACUGGGGACAGUGAGAGCCUACGGGCAGGCAUUGUGGCAGGGAAUAGCUCUGAAUGUGGACAACAGCCAGCAGUGGAGAAGUGUGAGACUAUCCAUGUCGCUAUCGUCUGUGCUGGGUACAACGCCAGUCGGGAUGUUGUCACGCUCGUCAAGUCAGUCCUAUUUCAUAGACGGAACCCUCUUCACUUCCACCUCAUUGCAGAUGCAAUUGCGAAACAGAUCCUGGCAACUCUCUUCCAGACGUGGAUGGUCCCGGCAGUUCGGAUAGAUUUCUAUGAUGCAGAUGAACUGAAGUCCGAAGUGUCCUGGAUACCCAACAAACAUUAUUCUGGGAUUUAUGGGCUGAUGAAGCUGGUUCUGACAAAGACUCUUCCUGCCAACCUUGAACGAGUCAUUGUACUCGACACAGACAUUACCUUUGCUACAGAUAUUGCUGAGCUAUGGGCUGUCUUUCACAAGUUCAAAGGCCAACAAGUUCUUGGCUUAGUGGAGAAUCAGAGUGACUGGUAUCUAGGAAACCUCUGGAAGAACCAUCGCCCGUGGCCAGCUCUUGGAAGAGGCUACAACACAGGGGUCAUUCUUCUACUUCUGGACAAAUUGCGCAAGAUGAAAUGGGAGCAGAUGUGGAGGCUUACGGCUGAAAGAGAGCUAAUGAGCAUGCUCUCCACUUCAUUGGCUGACCAGGAUAUCUUCAAUGCUGUCAUCAAACAAAAUCCCUUUCUGGUGUACCAGCUUCCUUGUUUCUGGAAUGUGCAGUUGUCAGACCACACCCGCUCUGAACAGUGCUACCGAGAUGUGUCUGAUCUGAAGGUGAUCCAUUGGAACUCACCAAAAAAGCUGCGAGUCAAGAACAAGCACGUUGAGUUUUUCCGCAACCUCUAUCUGACAUUCCUAGAGUAUGACGGGAACUUGUUGAGGCGUGAACUCUUCGGCUGUCCCAGUGAGGCUGAUGUCAACAGUGAAAAUCUCCAGAAACAGCUGUCUGAACUGGAUGAAGAUGACUUGUGCUAUGAAUUUAGGCGGGAGCGUUUCACUGUCCACCGGACUCACUUGUACUUUCUACACUAUGAGUAUGAGUCUGCUCCAGACAACACAGAUGUGACACUGGUGGCUCAGCUCUCAAUGGACAGACUCCAGAUGCUUGAAGCAAUCUGCAAACAUUGGGAAGGACCAAUCAGCUUGGCACUUUAUCUUUCUGAUGCGGAAGCCCAGCAGUUUCUGCGCUAUGCCCAAGGCUCUGAAGUCCUCAUGAGUCGCCACAAUGUUGGGUACCACAUAGUAUACAAAGAGGGCCAGUUCUACCCAGUGAACCUCCUGCGAAAUGUGGCAAUGAAACAUAUCAGCACGCCCUACAUGUUCCUAUCGGACAUUGACUUCUUGCCUAUGUAUGGACUCUACGAGUACCUCAGGAAAUCUGUUGUCCAGUUGGACUUGGCCAAUACAAAAAAGGCUCUCAUUGUCCCUGCCUUUGAGACCCUCCGCUAUCGCCUCUCUUUUCCGAAGUCAAAAGCAGAGCUGUUGUCUAUGUUGGACAUGGGAACCCUCUUCACAUUCAGGUAUCACGUCUGGACAAAAGGGCACGCACCAACAAACUUUGCCAAGUGGCGAACAGCCACUACACCAUAUCGAGUGGAGUGGGAAGCCGAUUUUGAGCCAUAUGUCGUGGUAAGGCGGGACUGCCCAGAGUAUGACCGAAGGUUUGUUGGAUUUGGCUGGAACAAAGUAGCCCAUAUCAUGGAAUUGGAUGCACAGGAGUAUGAAUUCACGGUGCUGCCCAACGCCUACAUGAUCCACAUGCCGCAUGCUCCUAGCUUCGACAUUACCAAAUUCCGCUCCAACAAGCAAUACCGUAUCUGUCUCAAGACCCUCAAGGAGGAGUUCCAACAGGAUAUGUCACGCCGCUACGGUUUUGCAGCGCUGAAAUAUCUCACGGCAGAAAACAAUAGCUAGCACCACUGGGACUGUUACAAAAAAUAAAGACUGAAAGAAGGAGCCAUUUUAAUGUGUGCAGCGCAGUUCUUUAGCCUGGAACUGAGAGAUACCUUUGUUUUGUUUUGUUUUUGUUUUUUAAAAGCCACAUCAAGCAGUUCUAACAGUAGGAAUUCGGAACAAGAUGUCUCCAGACUGUGUCCACAAGCUACCACCUAGCCUCUACUCCCAGGCCUUUGGUUUUAUUGCCCACAGGGUGUGAGUAAAUGGAGGGGAGAACAGUAGCCACAUCCAUUGGUAGCUCUCCAGGUGACAGACAUGAUGAGGGAGCAGAUGUUUUCUGCUCUUAAAAUGGCACAGCAAAAAAUAGAUCUUCUGAAGUCUAGGCUUUCGUGUCAUCACUUAUAAUUCCACAUUUUGUUUCAUCCCUAAAAGAAAAUCUUCAGACUGUGAACUAAAAAAAAACAAAAUCCCCAUAUAUCUACAGAGGUUGACCCCCUACAGAGGAGCAUUCUAGAGCAGGAUGAACCAUGUUUGGCCUAUCAAAUGAAGGGAGAGGUCCAUCCAACGUACAGAAUUUUGAGGUAUAACAUAUACAAAAUAUACCAAGUGGCACCACUUGGUUGUUUUUCCCUACUGCCACAAUAAAACGCACCUUUCCUUCAACUCCCCACUGCUACCAUCUACUCUGGCUGUGUCCCACUUUUUCAGCCCAGACAGCAUUCUUUUACACUUCAUGUUCAUCCCCAGAUCUUGUAAUUCACCCAAGAAGAUCUUUGUUUUUACUGUCCACUGAAAGCAAAGCACCUGUCAGCUUAAGCUCUGCUUUUGUCUGAGAGAUUUGUUCAGGUGUCUCUAGUGCAAGAAAUGGCCAAAUUGGAGUUGUCUUUUUUAAAGUCAAUGUUGAGUCUUUGGCAUAAAGAGGUCGUUUUUUUUUACAGUCUAUUGGCUGUUUUACUGCUCACCCACCUAUGAAGGCCUCUGUGCCUAUGGCUGUUAAGUGGACAUCUGCGGUAAGUGUGGGAUUUGAAACACAACCACUAGGCCUCAGUAGCAACAAGGUGCUACAGACUCUGAAGAACUACUUCAGUUAAAGGAGUUUAUUUAUAAAAGGAACAAAACUAAAAGGAAUUAACUCCCCAUUUGAGCUGGGGGAAGAGAGAAUGUUUUGGGGAGUUAUGGUGGUGUUUGCUUGACUGUGAGCUGAUUCAGUUCAUAGGCAGCGCAUAGGCAUGGAGAAGAACAGACAAAAAAAUCCAGACACUGGACAUUUUAUUAUUUUCUUUAUUUCUUCAGUAUUAAUGUUGUGUUUACAUGGAUGGAGGAGAUGAGGUUUAAUGCACUACCCUGAUUUGGGGCUACUUGUAUUUGGUUGCAAUGUUAUUGAGAGAACGGGAUUUGAAUAAACAAGAAACAUGGUCUC